CACGAAUCAGAUUAUUAAUUGCAAUGUAACAUUUCAAUCCUAUGAUGUAUAGAGUACACUGCAGAUUUUGUUGGACGACUCAACCUUUCAAGAACUCACAAACGUCAUGAAGCGUACCCAUCACCUUAUUAUCAUGCCGAUGAUGCGUAAUGGCAACUCCUACGCCGCUGAUGUUAUACACUUAAAAAAUCCUUCUCUUUUUCGUAUUUUCUUUCAAUGACUAAUCGUGUCAUAUAUUGUCAUUUGAAUGACCUUCUCGUACCCAAAAUCAGUCUUCCGUUUUGUGUCAUUCGCAAAAAUCCACUCUCAUGAAAGAUCUGGCCUUCGCUACCAACAGACAGAAUGUACUCCAUUGAAGAGCUUUUCGAUCUAAUAGGACCAUUCUCGCGCGAUACGUCCAUUCCCACCUCUAAUCUAGAGUAUUCUGAUCAUCUGGAGUAUUCCGAUCACGUUCUAAUGGCGCAGUACCAGAAUCAGGAACAAAGCUACCAUCGAACUUACGUUCAGACUUUUCACGUAACUUGAUCUACACCACAUUAAGAGCUUAUUUUAGUUUCUGUUACAGUCAACAAACGUCGAGGAGCCCGGAUAAUAUCUCAUGAACGCUAGAUGGAAAUUCGACGAUAUAGAUUCUACUGAUGUGCUGCCUGACAACCCUCCUAUCCAGAAUGGACGUCUUGUUUUAGAACAAGUGCACCUGACAACUUCUUUGUCUCCGACACUAUUCCUUCUCGCUUCAGCGCUGUUGUUCUGUUGUUCUGUUUUGGAAGAGAAGAUUAUACUCAGCGCCGUCAGCUGGGAAACAUAACGACCAAGCAGAACGUAAUCAUCAAAAAGAUGACUGCUUUGUUUUCGACUGAGCGCGAUGACAUAGUAUCUGGAUUAUAGGUUUGCGAAGCCUCAGUAGCAGAAUGGGAAAAUGAUGUCAAGUCGGAGAAAUCAAGUUGGGCAUUAGCACGCUCGAGUAUGCGCAUGGUUGGGUAAUCACAUCCAUAGUUGCCGGUGGAAAAACACCUCAAUCGAAAUUUAGAAGUGUUAUGCUCUCUGAGUUGGCGUGCAAAACAGCAAGCGUUGUUCCACUGAAGGAUGUCUACAAGACACAAUUGCUAACACGCACUGUCGUGUCGUAUGGAGAGCUGUAGCUUAGAAGAUAUGACCUUAGACAUAAGGAUAACGGCGGGUAUAAUUUGAUCGAACUUGGUGACGUCGUGCUCGACGUAGCGACAUGCAACAACAUGCUUAUCCUCAAGUACAGACUUAAAAGUCAAUGCACAGAGUGAUAUACCAGUCAAAGCAAAGUCGAUUAAGCAAUGAAGCAGGAAGACGUUACAUUUGUGCAUUUGGGAACGGUAUUGCACGUCAACAACGCUUCGACCAUCGUCUUCGACAUGUUUGAACUGUGGUACGCGAACCUCUACCACGUACAGAUGAGACAUCAUGGGUGUCUUGAGUCACAUGCGCGUAAGCAAUGAAGACACGCAAUCAAAAGAAGGGACAUGGUGUUUGGAGGUGUUCCUGGUCUCAAAUUUUGUCACGCGUAAUCGGUACAUGUGGAUCACACCAGCGAAUUUUGCAGCAUGCAGAGACGGUUGUGACGCUCAAUGAAAAGCGUCGAAUUGUCGAUUUCUUGACUGACGGUGGUGCGAAUAUAAAAUGUAGAUUUGUUAUGCAGGACAGACGGAAAGACACCUGGGCAAGGCACAAAAAUAAGCGAUUAAUGACAAGGCCAAACCCACGUACCGUAGAGCUAAAACAGGCGCGCUCGAUGAUACCUGCCUUCUAUCUUUGACUUGUUUUUUAUUCGGUGCGCAACUUGAGCCGUGAUUCCAUGAGCGCGUACUCAGACCGUGCAUCGUCAAUCCAGGUGCAGACAAAGUAAGCACGUCCUUGCGCGACAUGGUUUUAUUUUGCUCGACGUGCAGUUUAUCGGCUCAUAACAAGGAUGUGUU